AUGCUAUCUCUCGACGGAAAGGUCGCCCUCAUUACUGGUCUUGGCCAAAGCCAUUCAGAAGGCUGGGGCAUUGGCGCCGCCAUCGCCGUUGUACUCGCUCGACAAGGAGCCAAGAUCUUCGGCGGAAACCGCACUCUUGCCUCAACGGUCUCGACCAAAGCGGCCAUCGAAGCCGAAGAUGGAACUUGCGACGUUGUUGAAACCGAUGUGACAUCUAGCACUUCUACAAAAGCGCUCGUCGAUGCGUGUAUGGCCAAGCAUGGGCGAAUUGAUAUUCUCAUCAACAAUGUUGGGAGAUCCGAGCCGGGCUGUCCUGCUACGAUGUCCGAGGAAACAUGGGAUUCUCAAGUCGACCUCAACCUCAAGAGUGUAUUCCUGAUGUGCCAGCAUGUUCUUCCCAUCAUGGAAAGGCAAGGAAAAGGCGCAGUCGUUAGCGUUGCUAGCAUCGCUGGCCUGCGCUAUAUUGGCAAACCCCAAGUUGGGUAUUCUGCAACAAAGGCUGCUAUCAUGCAGCUUAUGAAGACAAGCGCUGUCAUAUAUGCCCCAAAGGGCGUCCGUUUGAAUACAGUUGUUCCUGGACUGAUGGAUACCCCUUACACGAAAGGGUUGGUGUCCAGAUAUUCAGCGGAGGGUCAGGCAGAAGAAUAUAUGAAGAUGCGCAGUGCGCAAGUUCCAAUGGGGAAGAUGGGAGAUGCCUGGGAUGUGGCCAAUGCCACACUAUUUCUUGUCAGCGAUGAAGCUCAGUACAUUACUGGACAAGAACUUGUUGUUGAUGGUGGUAUUACAUCGUCUACGGGAAGGACAUAG